AUGUUACAAGCUCAGCUACUUUUAUUAGCCGCCGCUUUAGUCGAGGCAGCCCCAGCCUAUAAGCCAAAAAUAGCGGAUGUCACAAAAAUUGGAACUCAAGAAAGUAUUUUCCCGUUUCUUGCUGGCUCUGCGCCUCAUUUCUCAUACCCUGUCUCUUUCGGUAUUCCAAAGGAAGUCCCAGAAAAGUGUACUAUGAAACAAGUUCAGGUUUUUGCAAGACAUGGCGAAAGAUUCCCCACUAGCGGAACUGGAGAUGCAAUUACUUCAACUUACUACAAAUUUUCGAACUACACUUCGAGCUUUAAUGGAUCCCUGACUUUCUUGAACGAUGACUACGAGUUCUUCCUUUUCGACAGAGACGAUCUAGAGGAGGAAACUAGUUGGGAAAACACUCUAGAUCCUAUAAACCCCUACACGGGAGAACAGGACUCACAAAGACAUGCUAGAGAAUUUCUGUACCAAUACUCAGAGCUACUAGAGAAUACCACAAGCUUCCCAAUAUUUGCUGCAAAUCGAAAGAGAGUUUACGAUACUGCAAAAUACUUCGCCGAUGCGCUUGGUGUUAAGUACAACGUGAGCAUGCAAGUUAUUGAUGAAGGGACUGAUGUUGGCGCAAACACCCUUACUCCUAGCUUUUCUUGUUCCGCCUUCAAUUGGAGCGAACAUAAAGAUGUCUAUGGAAACUUCUCCAACCAGUACCUCAAAGACAUUUCUGGUAGACUAAAUAAGCAAAACAAGGGUUUGGAGCUGAACACUACUGACGCGGCCAACCUUUUUGACUGGUGUGCUUUUGAAAUAAAUGCCAAGGGUUACAGUGAUAUAUGCGACGUCUUUACCCAGGAGGAAUUGGUCAAGUGGUCGUAUUAUAAUGAUAUGCAUACUUACUACAGAGAUGGUCCUGGAAAUUCUCUAGCGCCAACCAUGGGAGCGGUGAAUUUCAACGCAUCCAUCGAGUUAUUGAAGCAAAGCGACCAACUAGAUUUGAAGGUAUGGUUGAGCUUCACACAUGACGUCAACCUUGUCAACUACUUGACAGCAGUCGGCCUCUUUGAUGAUGGUAAAAAACUAACUCCAGACAACAUGCCUUUUCAAUCUCAAUUAUUUCAUGGAUCCUGGCAGGUACCACAAGGCGCUCGGAUUUAUACGCAGUUGUACCAGUGUGGUGAUCAGUCAUAUGUCAGAUAUGUUGUUAAUGAUGUUGUUAUUCCUAUUCCCUCAUGCGCGUCAGGCCCAGGAUUCUCCUGCGAAUUGGAUGAGUUUGUGGAGUACGGCUACAAUAGAACCAGUGGUACAGACUACGUUGCUAGCUGUGACACCACCAAGAGUUCGAAUGAAACUGAACUAACUUUCUAUUGGGAUUACACAACGAAAAAUUACAAUGCCAGUCUAAUCAUUGAGUAG